AUGUCAUCCUCAACUUCCCCCAAACCAAACCGACCCCGACUAAUCCCGAACAAACGCCCGCUCAAACCAACAUCAACAACCAACCGGUAUCCACGAGUUCUCAACCCCAGCGCAAACCCCGCAGAAACACGCCUGAAACAGUCCUACCAAGAAUACCUCCAAACAAGAAAAGACAAUCCAAAUCCAAGUUCUACUCCAGCUACCGAAGAAGAUGACUUACCCCAGAUACCCCGCAUCGAAGUCCCCUUCUCGGCACCACAGCCCUUUCUCGACCCGCUGACUUGGGAUGCUAUGCUCAGGCUUCAUCGUGAGAAGAUAGCGGCGCAGUCGGUAGAGGACUCCAAUGGGGCAACAUCACAAGGCUCUGGUUCCGGUGUUGGUGCUAGUGCUGUUUCUGGAGAGGAAUCGGCUGAGCGGCGGAGACAACGUGCAGAGCAGGAGAUGGAGUAUGGGUCUAUGGCUAUUCGGGGUCGGUCUAGUGUGAGAGGAAGGGGCAAGAGGGGACGUGGGAGGGGGAAUAUCUAUUGGGGUGGGAGGUCUUGA